AUGGAGCAGCAGGGGAAGGCAAGCGAGGUCGACGGCGCCGUUGCCGGCCGCGGUGCGCCCAGCGAGCUCUCCGGUGUAGACACAGCGGAGGAUCAACGAGGAGGAGGAGGAGGAGGAGGAGGAGGGAACGAUGGCGGCGCCAUAGAAAAGCUCAUGGAUGACGAGAAGAAGAAGACGACGACGACAGAGGAGAAGGAUGUGAAGCCGCUGCCGCACAAGCAGGUUCCGCAGCCCAGCGACGUGUACAACCCGGAGCUCGAGCGCCUGUGA